AUGAACCACUAUCCGAGAAUGGUAGAAGCUGGAUCCGCACCCCACUUCCUCAACAAACGUGAGCCUCGGUUAGCCUCGCAGCUCAACGAAACAAGUUUGGAUGAAGGCUUGCAUCAAUGGGACCAACCCACGUCUGCCGCGGCGGUUACCCCGUCCUUCAGCCAAGAUAUUGAAGAACUCGAGACUAUCCAGCGUUACAAGCGUAUCAUGCUCGACGAUGCUGCCAGCUCGACGUCCUUCGGGAAAGGAGGUGCACGUCUGCCUAGGGCCACGCAGGCUGCCGAUGCUGCUCUGGCAGAUCUUGAGUCAUGGAUGGACAGGCAGCCCUUGCGCCGGACCGCGCAAGCACCGGAGAAGCAGAAGGAUUUGGCCAAGCUCACGACCCAAGCCAAGGUAGCACGAGAAGCAGCGACCUCUCAGCGGGCGGCGGCAGAUCGUGAGCGUAACGUACAGCUUCAAGCCAAGCGUGAGGCUGAUCGGGCCGAAAGGGAUCACCACGCCAACGCCGAGAUCCUCGAGACGCUAGCUGACGAGAAGGCCGCGCACGAAGCUCUGCAGGAAUCAGAGGUAGCCAAAAGGGUUUCCAUUGAGGCAGAUGUGGCCGGAAAGAUGGAGGAGCACCACCGGGCCAGGGCUGUUCAGAGAGGAGAAGCGCGCCAACAGCUUCACAAAAAGGCGCAAGCUCAGCUCCAAGCAGCAAAAGCGGCAAGGAGGGCAGCAGCCGAGAGGUCAAACUUGCUGGUGAGAGAUGCCGAGCCAGCCCUGAAAGAGGUUGUGCGAAUGAAGAACGAAGCUCACGCGCAAAGGGUGGAGUGCGUGCUGCAGCUGAAGGCAGACACUGAGGCAGCGGCGGCUUUGAUACGCGGUGCAAAUGAGAGAAAUGCUGCGGAGAAGCUGCGGGAGGAGGCGGCGCAUGAGGCGGAGAAGGAACACUUGGCCGCCAAAGGCCUCAACCCAUACAAGGUGUUCAAACAACGAGCGGUGGACGCUCGGGCGGUGCGCGAGGAAAAGAGGCAGGAGACAAGAAUCCUACUGAGAAAGGAGGAACUGGCAGACCGGCUCAAGAAAGAGGAGGCCCUGCGGAACAAGCACGAUGCCAAAGUUAGAUCGGAUAAGGAUCAGGAGCAGAGAAUGAGGGAUGAGCUUGGGAGGCACGUCGUGGAUGCUCGGAACCGCGAGUACCUUCGAGCGAGGACGGUCGACGGCACGGACAUAUUGGACCCGUCAGGAAGGAGCUUCCGCAUUGAGGCCAGCCAGGUGACAACUAUUAAGGACGCAGCGUUCGGGUUGGGCUACCAUCCCAGGAAGACGCCAGCAAUGGCGGCUGCAAUGGUGGACCUUGUAGCGUCGAAGCCGCAACAUGCAGGGGUAGGACCCGGAGAAUUCGCGAGGUUAAUACCGCGGGAUCUGACUGACGCCGGUAGGGCCACAGGAAAUGAACCCUCAGACCAGGACGUCGGUGGAAGGAGAGCGGCCCCGAAUACGACAACGGGAAGGAACCAACCCCAGCACCAACCCCCGCAGAAACAGCAACAGCAGCAGCAGCAGCUACUGGAAGAUCUCGUUCCUCCAGCAGACAGAAAGAGUCUACCGGGAACUGGCAUUCCUUUCGUCGUGGAAGGGGAAGAGAUCGGAGAGACCGAUGACUUGCAACUUAGCAAAGGGAGGGAUGCUACUGCUAGCGGUAGUGGCAGGGGCGGAGGAGCGGGGCGAAACCUGAGCGUGCUUGAAGCGCGGUCGCUGCAGAAGGCCAGGGCGCAACAAAGGGAUAGAGUGGAUGUUGGAGAGCCGCAGGUAGCGGCCGGGAGAACCUUCAAAGACAGACCCUCGUUCGUGGCCAAGCCAGACCACGUGGUCUUCAAAGACUUCGUGGUGGGGAAGGUGCACAGAAGGCGAAUCGUGCUGACCAACGUGAGUCUAACGUUCAACACCCUCAAAGUGCUGGGGAUGUCAGACGAGGUCAACAGAUUCUUCGAGGUGACGUACGCGAAGCCAGGGCGAUUGUCGGCCGGAAUGACGUGCGCAGUCGACAUUGCCUUCACGCCGAAGGUGGAAGAAGACAUAUUCACGGAGCUGCCCAUUCGGACCCAGACGGGGCCUCUCUCCAUUCCGGUGGAGUGCACGGCCAGGAGAGUUAAGCCGAAGCUGUCCACUGCCCUCAUCGUGUUCCAAGGCACGGUUGUAGGGGAGAAGGAGACCGCGCGCGUGAGAAUUUCCAACGAAGGCGUACUGAACUCCCGCUUCACGGUGAAAACCGGAGGUUCCGCAACUUCUUCCACGUCCACAGAGGCGUUGACUUCUGCGGCCGUCGGGCACCCGUCCGGCGUACCGACCGCCCAACACAACGGAGGACGGCUUGAUGAAACGAGCGGUGACUGUGAACCGACUCCUGUUGUGCGGGCAGCAGGCACCCCAGUAGUCGAUCCCCGAUCCGAUGAAAAAUCAAGAGAGGCGGUAUUGCUCGCGAAGGCGUCUGCUGUCGGGGAUGCGGGGAUGAAAUAUCCGGAGGGACGAGGAGCGAUAGAGAUAAUGGAGGAGAGUGGGGAGCUGAUGGGGUAUGGGUCGGCCGAGAUUGUGAUCGUGUUUGCGCCGCUCACUGUCGGAGACUUCAAGGUGGUGAAGAUUCGAAUCUGCAACAGGGGGAAGAUAGCAAUGAAAGCCGUAGCUCGGGUACCCCCGUCCUUGCGCGGCUGCACCAGCUUCAGCCCAGACAUGGGCUUCGUUCAACCGGGGUCUUUCUUCGAGUUCGGCCUCCGCUUCCGCCCGGACCCAGAAAGCCUCGCACGGUGCGCACGAGACGGGUGGGGCAUCCUCGCAACAUCGCAUUCAGACAACAGCAGCAGCGACAAGGAUCACCCUCUGAGCCUCGAACACAAUUCCACUGUCGCCCCUGGUAGCGAGCAGCAACUGCUGCAGCAGCAAGGGCAUCGAGGGUCACGAAAGCCGGGCGUAGUCGCCGACGGCGAUGCGGAAUCUUCCACGGAAGGAAGCUGGGACCCGUGUGCUAAGACGGCUGAUGCCGGCGGUAUUAUCGCCAUCCCCUUGAGAUUUGACGUGCCCGGACAGGCGCUACCGGCCAGGGCUGUGCUGCAGGCUAGGCUGACUGGUUCCAAGGUAGAAGUGGGCUGCGGAGACGGAGAGCGCGGAGAAGGAGAGGGCGGGGUUGGUGGAAGUGAGGCCGUUGUUAACUUCGGGCCGUGCUUCGUGGGGCAGAGCGUAACAAGGAGAGUAUCGCUGAGGAACACCAGCCUUCUUCCGGCAAAAUUCGGUUUCAUUGGCAACCCGGCCGAGGUGGACCUUCAGCCCGCUGACGGCUUCGGUGUGCUUCUACCGGGAGAGGAACGCUGGAUUGAGGCGACAUUCAGCCCCCUGUCGUCGGUCUCGCACGUUUCCACCGUGUCGUUUCGGACGUCGCUGGGCCAAUCCACGUCCGUUAGGUGCCUCGGUUUCGGCGUGGACCCGGUGAUUAAGCUGAGCCACACGGUCCUCAGCCUGGCGCCGGCAUGCUCGGGAGAUACCGUGACAGCCAGCAUCUUCGUCAACAACGUAUCCGCGGUGGAGCAGAAUCUGGAGUUCUGCGUCCCAGAGCCGGAGAUCUCCUUCCUCAAGAUCUGCCCGAGCGUCAUACGUCUCUUCCCGAAGGAGGGAGCUCGAAUAGAGGUGUCCUUCUGCCCGCCACGUGUUCUCCCCUUUGCGGAGGCCUUAGGUGCAGCUGAAGAAAAAGAAGGCACAACUAACGAGGAAAAGAAGCAUGUAGAAGAACAGCAAAUUGACGCCGGGGCGCAGAAGAAAGGGCCCGGCGGCAAGGAUGCCAAAACGACAGAACCAAACAGCAAGUCCCCAGCUGCGCAGGCGGCAACGCAGAAAGCGAAAGGAUCUUCUGCCCCGGCAGCAAACAACGAUGAAGAGCUGGAACAGAAGUUGGAAGGAGAGGACAACGCCAAUGGCGCCGUCGCGGCAGUCGUCGAUGUUGUGAAUACCGCCCACGAAGUCCCUCUCUACGCCGGAGCUGUGGACGAAGGCGGAAGCACGAACGAUGACGGGGGGCACGAGGGAGGAGACGAGGAGGAGCCGUGGAGCCGGCACGGGCGUUGGCGGGUGCCUUGUUUCCUGAAGACAACGAGAGGCCACAGCGCUGGCGGUUCCACAGGGGACACAGCGGAAGCUUGUCUUCCACCGCUAGCAUUGGAGGUCACCACAGUUACGGUGGAACGGACGUUGUCGGUGGACCAGUCGCGAGUGGACUUCGGGCAACUCGCCGUCGGAACGAAGGCAGAGGAAAUUGUACGCGUGAGGAACGCCGGAGACGACGAUGCACCCCUGGAGGGGGGCGGUCUCAACUCUGUCGGCCCUUUUGAGGUGUUGAACGCUUUCCGCACGGUACCACGUCGAGGCGGAAGUCAUCGGUGUGUGCUGCAGUUUAGACCGGAGAGGGCUGGCAUCGUUUCGGAGACCCUCGUCCUUACGAGCCCAUCGCUGGGCAAAAGCAUUCGUGUCUGCGUGAGAGGAGAAGGGGUGAAGCCAGUGCUAAGAAUGACCCCUGCCGAUGGUCGUCUAGAUAUGGGUCAUGUGCUGGAAGGGGACACAAUAGAGCGAGAGGUGAAACUCCUAAACGACAGCGUGUUUCCGCUACGCUAUGCUACAGCACCCUUCGGCCCACGGCCAUCUUCGAACGUCAACCACCUCGAGGCAUUUUCGUUGGUACCAUGCGAGGGGGGCGUGCCUCCGGGUGAAAGCGUGACGGUCACGGCGAUCUUCAGCCCGGACUAUUCCCGUAUCUGGCCCUUCCUGGGAGCAUUUAGGAUAGAAGCGAGGGACCAGGUCUACCUUGAGGCUGCGCCACCGGGACAGAACCCCGGCGACCGUACCCCGGAGGCCACCGAAGACGCGCUAGACCCUCGGAAUGGGCUUUCCAACGGUGGUCGGGGGUCGACCGAGGAUGGAAGGUCGUUGCCGGCAUCGGCUGGGGUACAGUAG